AUGACGGAGCACAACGAAAAGCCCCAGGACGACCUGUCCAAUGAAACCCACACCGAUCCCUCGAAUAAGACAGAGGGUAGCAGCGAACGAUCUCACGCGCCGGAAACGCCAAAGAAGACGAACACCGCGCAGACGCAAAAGGGUCCAGAGGGUGGUUUCGACGACACUCCGCUCCUCAAACAACCCCCAGGAUACACGGUCAAGAUCACAUUCCACCGCGCCACGAACCUCCCCCUCGCAGACAUCAAUACCCUCUCUGCCGAUCCCUUUAUCCUCGCCGAACUGAAGACCGACCUCCCUACAAGACAUAAAGAAGACCCGCCUCUACAAUUGCGAACGCGGACCAUCCGCCAGAGCACGGAUCCCGAAUGGCAUACUGAAUGGAUAAUAGCGAACGUUCCCGCGUCUGGAUUCAGACUGAAAUGUCGCAUAUACGACGAGGACCCUGCGGAUCACGAUGAUCGGCUUGGGAAUGUCCAUGUCAAUGUCUCCAACCUGAGUGAGAACUGGGCCGCUAUCCGAGGUCAGUCAUACCCGAUUAAGAAGCGCAUGGGAAGCAAACGCGCAUACUUGCUUCGAGCGAUAGCAGUUUGCUUUGGCAAGGUCGAGCAUAUGAGUGGGUCGUUGUUCGUGAGCGUCGAGGUCUUGGGGAAAACACCGGGCGACAACGGUUCGCGCGCCUACACAGAUGGACCUCUUUUCUGGAUAAGGCAUUACUCGCCGUUGCUCGGACGCCUACUGGGCCAGAAAGAGCCUACCGAGGGUGGUGUCUCCAGACGAACGGGCAAGCCGAAGCCAGAGAGAUACAAUUUCCAAGCCAAUCAAAUGCAGCUCAAAGGCCCUGUUCCAGAAGCCAUGUAUCAUCGCUAUGUCGAGUUCAAGCCUUUUGUCAAGGCCAUGUUCACUGCGAAGGGUGUCCGAGGCUAUAUUCUUUCCAAAACCCUGCAUCACCAACACGCGCGCGUCUACAACUUUGAUCAGAAAACCGAGUAUGAGUUCCUCCCGGAGCCCUGCGCAGACUUCACCAAGAAGUUCCUUGAGCUAUGCCAUUAUGAUCAGGGCGGUCGUAUCUUUACCUAUGUCCUUACGCUCGAUGCUCUCUUCCGUUUUACAGAAACCGGCAAAGAGUUCGGUAUCGACAUGUUAUCAAAGCACACCAUGCAUAGUGACGUUGCUGCCUACACUGCUUUCUCAGGCGAGUUCUUCAUUCGACGACUGAAGCACAGCCAUCGUGGUUUACCUGAAGAAGGUGCCAAUAAUCCAACGCAUCCGCCAGAUGAGAUAUCUGGUGGCCCACCCAAGGAGGAACCCAAGACUGAUCCAAGUUAUUAUGAACUGAUCAUUGACAACGAUUCUGGAACCUAUCGGCCAAAUUGCGAAUUGCUCCCGCAACUCAAGGAGUUCAUGGAAGCUAAUUUCCCUGGCUUGCGCGUCUUGACUCUAGACUCCCAGGGAGAAGCGGAGAAGAUGGCACAGAUGAAGAAGCAGCAACGAGAUCGCAAGAAGACGGAAGGCGAUCACAUUGUCUACAAGCAAAUGUCUAGGUCAAGUUCCAUGAGCAGCAGUGAUGAAGAAGACCUCGAUAGGAUGGAGGCAGAUGGUGAAAUGAAGCCAAGGCACCUUCGGCAUCACGUUAUGCGAGAGGCCGGAGCAAGGGCUGGAGCAGCGAAAGCCCAUCUGAGGGACUUCAGGCCUACUACUAACAACGAAGCGUGGCGCAAGCCAGGUCCAUCGGCCAAACCUGAUGAUGCAGCUGCAACAACACAAAAUAAAGCGGCAGAACAAACGCAACCCUCGGAAGCUACCGUACCAGGUUCUAAUGAGAAGACGAGCUAG